AUGAGUGAAGUUUGUUCUGAGCUACUAAGUCAAAUUUCGUAUAUCGCUCAUCGGAUUCUGACAACUAGAGUUGACGUUGUCGAUUACAAAUUUACUUACCUAGAUCUAGCUUUGACCGCCGAUCGUAUCAUGGGUGUUUUAUAUCAAAAAAAAUUAUCUUAUCGUCAUGGCCAGCAUAAACAGUCUGAUAAUUCGCCACCGGUAGCAAGUGCUACCGGUCAAGUCUUAAACUUUACUACCACUCCUACUAUUAAGCGUAAACAAGGAAAUAAUUACAAAAGAACUGGCCGAUUAGUUACCAUUAAUGUCGGCUAUUAUGCGAAAAAUGAGGACCAAUAUUAUACAUAUCGUAUGUGCCACCCUGAAACAAAGGAAUUAUGCUUUUACUGUCAUGAAUAUCUCGAAAAUCAGGCUGUUGAGAUGAAUAAGAACAGAUAUCAUCUGGAAUGCUUCGAUGAGUAUAUACUGAGUAAAAUAUCAGACGGACUUCAGACUACGGCCAGUUCUGAUCAAAAAUCCGACACGGUUUCUUCCAUGGACUACGUAAUGAAAAAUUUUUUGUCAAAAUGUGGCGGCUGUCAAAAAGAAAUUGAAGAUUAUCAUGGAAUAUUCGCCCUAGAACAGCAAUGGCAUCCUUCCUGCUUUAAAUGCCAUCAUUGCGGCAAACUGCUAAAUGAAGAUUAUGCUGGAAGAAAUCGCAAGCCUUAUUGCUUGGAUGAUUUUCGGCAGCUAUUUGGUGUAUUCUGUACUGGGUGCCAGCAUUACAUUGAUGGAGAAUUUCUUGAGAUUGGCGAGAACAACUUUCAUACAGCCUGCGCCGUCUGCAUAAAAUGUAAAAAACCUUUUCUCGAGGAAAUUGAAGCUGUUGUUAUCAACGAUAAAUUAUGGCAUAAAGAAUGCCAAUACCUUGAAGAUGACGAUACUAAACGUUCAUUACCGACGGCUACGCGUGCAGAAGUCUCGUCUAAAUUAGAGAGUCCUGCUAGUCCAAUCAGUAAACCAACCUUUACGAAUUUGGUUGUGCUAAGAUGUGCAAGUACCGAACAAUUGCAAAAUAUUGGUCAGCGAGGGCGUACCUAUAGUGAUUCCGCUGCUUUCAGUGACAUUCAAAAUCCAAGUCGUUGCCGAACAGUAACUAUUAACGGCCGCGUAAUGCUAGGCAACAGAGAUGGUUCUUGCAGUCCUUCUAGUUCACUGCCUGAUCGUCAGAUAAGUCAUAGGAGAAACAGAAUUUCAGAUCCAGUUUCAUCGACAUCGCUGGUAGAAGCUAUAGCUACACCACCAUCCAGGAGGAGGCUGCAUAGUGCCACCACCAGCUCAACUAGCAGCGCCGUAAAAACUAGUCUAAUUCUGCACAAAGGCAAUUUCAGUAACAGCAAGAGUCAGGUUCCAACAUUACAAUCUAGCCCUUUGAGUCAGCGAAAAACUAGUAUGUAUCUAGAUUGA